AUGGCACAUGGGCUCAACACCUCAGAUCACGCCAGAUGUCAUGACAGAGACACGGUCGAGUCCGGCCAGCCCAUCAUGUCCGCGGUCAUGUUCUCCGCCGGCGUUGCGGGCAACAUCAUCGCUGUGGUGCUGCUGGAGAUGCGGCGCAGGAGGAGAAGCGCAUCCUUGUUCCGCGUCCUGGUCACGGCGCUGCUGGUGACGGACCUGCUGGGCACGGUGUCCGUCAGCCCGGUCGUGCUGUCCUCCUACGCCCUGAACAGGACUCUGGUGGCCAUGAGCGACGGCGGGAAGGUGUGCUCCUACUUUGGCUUCAGCAUGACCUUCCUGAGCCUCUCCACGCUGGCCAUCCUGUGCGCCAUGGCGCUGGAGAGGAGCCUCUCCAUUGGUUACCCUUACUUUUACGAGCGGCACCUGAGCAAACGCUGCGGAUACGUCACCGUCGCGCUCAUCUACCUGGCCUGCGUGCUCUUCUGCGUUGCGCCUUUCAUGGGUUUUGGAGCGUACGUGCAGUACUGCCCCGGGACCUGGUGCUUCAUGGACAUGAGCCCAAAGGAAAAAAGGCAUAAAGUUUACUCUGGCUUUUACGCGUCCUUCAUCCUCAUCAUGAUCACGGGCACCGUGGCGUGCAACGUGUCUGCCAUUUACUUCUUGGUGUUGAUGCACAUGAGGCGCAAGGCGCACCGGGUGGGCAGGUUCGCGCACUCAGGAGGCCGCCACAGAUCUCUGAGCAUGACGGAGGAAGUGGGGCAUCUUCUGCUGCUGGUUUUCAUCACCGUGGCCUUCAUCUUCUGCUCCUUCCCCCUGGUGCUGCGAGUGUACAUCAACUUCAUGGGCAGGACGGACAAAAGCCACGCCGCCGACCUGAACGCUCUCCGCAUGCUGUCUUUCAACUCCAUCAUCGACCCCUGGCUCUUCAUCUUCCUCAGUCCCUCAGUGCUGAGGAUCAUCUGGAGGAAAUUAUGCAGAGAACAAAGAUCAGUGCCUGACCAGUGUAAGACUCAGUCGACAUUGGCCUCAGGCGUCUACAUGGAGCGCAGUCCGGUCGUAGCACGAUGUGUCCAGCAGAUGGCGCUGUGCACCAAGCUUUUACUGUGUCUGUCCCCUGUUAGGCUGUUUUUACAGGCUGUUCCAUCUGAUAUGAUCCCUGUCUCGCUGUGUGUGUCUGGUUUGGUGUGUCUGUCUGAAAGCCCGUCUGCCAACCAGAUCCUGGGAGAGUAA